AUGCGGAAGAUAUCUUACUGUCGGAGAUGGUUAAGCUUAACGAGGUUACAUUACCAAGGGCACUCCGUCCCACAGGUUGGAGCCCGCCUCCUCUCUUCAACAUCAUCCAUUUUCACGUCUGAUGGAGCUCCAAUACCAAACCCUGAAAUACGCCUAAGGGACUAUCAAGAAGAAUGUAUCCGGUCUGUCCUAUCUUAUUUGGACAAUGGCCACAAAAGGCUCGGCAUAUCUUUGGCCACAGGUAGUGGGAAAACUGUGAUCUUUACACAGCUAAUUGACCGCGUACAGUCCUCCGAUGAAAACAGAAACCAGUCUCUUAUCCUAGUUCAUCGAAAGGAGCUUGUUGAGCAAGCAGCGAGACACUGCACACGCGCGUAUCCGGACAAGACUAUAGAAAUUGAAAUGGCAAACAGCCAUGCGACUGGUGCUGCAGAUAUAACCAUCGCAUCCGUACGAAGCCUUCUUUCAAAAGGCCGGAUAGACAAAUAUAACCCGAAAAGAUUCAAACUUGUGCUAGUUGACGAGGCUCAUCAUAUUGUUGCACCUACCUAUCGUGAAGCGCUUGCUCACUUUGGCUUGGGAGAGAGGAACGCAAACUCUCCAGCGUUAGUUGGUGUCUCCGCGACCUUCUCGCGCUUUGAUGGAGUGAAGAUAGGUGCUGCUAUUGAUCGUAUUGUAUAUCACAAAGAUUACAUCGAUAUGAUCGAGGAGAAUUGGCUUGCAGAUGCUCUUUUUACUACCGUAAAAUCUCACGUCGACCUCUCACAAGUGGGCGACAGCCCAAACGGGGAUUUUAAAACCCGUCAGCUUUCUCUUGCUGUUAAUACCGAGACCGCUAACGAUAUCACUGUUUCUGCAUGGCAUUCCAGGGCGAAGGAGCGAAAAUCUACCCUCGUCUUUUGUGUGGAUAUUGAGCAUGUAAAAGGCCUAACAGCGAAGUUUCGCGGAAUGGGGGUUGAUGCCAGGUAUAUUACUGGCCAGUCUUCCAAAGAUGUUCGAGCGAAAGAGCUGGAAGCUUUUAGGAAUUAUGAGUUUCCUGUUCUGGUUAAUUGCGGCCUGUUUACAGAAGGCACCGAUAUUCCGAAUAUCGACUGUGUCUUGCUCGCGAGACCUACGAGGUCUAAGAACCUCCUGAUUCAGAUGAUAGGGAGAGGCCUACGGUUGCACCCGGGGAAAAGUAAUUGCCAUAUUAUUGAUAUGGUUGCCUCCUUGAACCAAGGAGUUCUAACAACGCCCACUCUAUUUGGGCUACAUCCUGAUGAAGGCUUGGAUGAGACUCCAGUUAGGGAGUUAAAGGAGAGAAUAGCCUCUUCUGAUGGUAAAUUAGUACGAGAAGAAGAGACGAAAGCAUCUCGUUCACCGAAUCAAGAUGAUGUUGUGGUUGAUUUUACGGAUUACGAGUCUGUCCAUGAUCUAGUGCAGGAUACCUCCGGUGAAGAACAUAUCCGUUCAAUCAGCGAUAAUGCAUGGGUACAGGUUAGCCCGGACCGCUACAUACUCAGCGCCCCUGCCGGGAGACUGACCAUCUCCAAGGAUGACUCUGGCCUAUAUUCUGUUCAUCAUGUCACCAGUCUAAGUCCUGCGGAUAAUUCGAAAAGCCCUUACAGCCGCCCUAGAGAGGUGGCUUCAUCUGUUGAGCUUGUCCAAGCAGUUCAUGCUGCGGAUACCCUUGCUAUCCGCGUAUUCGGAGGCCCGACUUUCAUUGCCUCAUGGCAACCUUGGAGAAAGAAGCGCGCCAGUCUUGGACAGAUAGGAUAUCUAAAGAAGCAGCUUGGGAAAGAAAUGCCCAGCAACAUAUCGAAGGGCGAAGCCGCUGAUAUGAUCACCAAAAUCAAGCAUGGGGCCAAAGGACAGUUCAAGGAUUUACAAUCGUCUAAGCGGCGUAUAAACCGUGGACGUAAAAAGGCUGAUAGAUGGAAUAACCUGAUGGCCAACCAGGAGGUGAAGGUUGGGCCUCUUGCCUGA